AUGUCGACAACAAGUUUCAGUGGUGGUAAAAGUCACACGAAAUCAUUUCAAGAACUGUUAUGCUCUCCCUCUUUGGUAGGUGGGCUUCAACAACAACUAUCAAUUUGCUUCGUGGCGGUUGACAUUCUCCUCUCCAUUACAGCAUUUGUUGGGAAUUCUCUCAUCCUUGUUUCCCUUUACAAAGAAUCUUCCCUACAUCCGCCGUCCAAACUCCUGUAUCGUUGUCUGGCAACCACUGAUCUGUUGGUUGGUCUUGUUGCCCACCCUCUCUAUGCUCUAUAUUGGAUGUCCGUGGUUCAGGAACACUGGAGCCUUUGUCGAUACGCAAGAGACGCAGCCUACAUCACAGCCUAUGUAUUGUUUUUAGUGUCUUUGAUGACGAUGACGGCUAUAAGCGUGGACAGACUUCUCGCCUUGUUGUUGGGACUGAGAUACAAACAAAUUGUAACUUGGAAGCCUACGUAUAUUAUUGUAACUACCUUUUGGGUUUUUACUCUAGUCGCGUCUUUAUGUGGAAUUUUUUAUCACCGUAUAAUCUUUUUGUACAGUUACUUAGUUACAUCAUUUUGCCUGGUAAUAUCGUUUGCAUCGUACAAAAAGAUCUUUUGCACUCUCAGAUAUCACCAAGCACAAAUACGAGAUCAACAACAGACGAGCCAGACAAAUGCACUGAACAUGGCGCGAUUCAAAAAGGCAUUAUACAGUGCACUGUGGGUGCAGUUAGCAUUAGUUCUUUGUUUUGCACCAAUAUAUACAGUGGAAAUUGUGAUCGCUCAUACUAAAAAAUAUUCAUUACUCUUAGUCGCCACACGGAAAGUAGCCGUUAUUUUACUUUACUUUAACUCGACGUUAAACCCGUUUCUUUAUUGCUGGAAGAUUAUUGAAGUGAGACAAGCAGUGAAGCGGACACUGAAAGAAGCUCUUUGCUGA